CUUACCUCUUGCCGGCUCGAGGCUGCUCGUCAGUGACUCAGUGAUAACAGGAGGAGUAAAGAUGGCGGACAGCAGCGGCACAGACCCCGUGAACAACAACAAUAACAAAAAUAUCGCCUUGGAAGGGAAUAUUAUCAGGGUCACGGUCAAAACCCCGAAGGACAAAGAGGAAAUUGCGAUCGUGGAGGAUGCCUCGGUUACACAGUUUAAGGAGGAGAUCUCCCGGCGGUUCAAAGCCAAGCAGGACCAGCUGGUUCUGAUCUUUGCUGGGAAGAUCCUGAAGGACGGAGACACUCUGAACCAGCAUGGCAUCAAGGAUGGCCUGACUGUGCACCUUGUCAUCAAGACCGCGCACAAGGCACCAGAUGGCGCUAGCUCCCAGCCCUCCGCCUCCUCCAGCUCCAGCACGCCGCAGGUGAGCAGCAGCAGCAGCAGCGCCAGCCCGGGCAGCCCGAGCCCCGCCGUCAGCUCCUCGCCCGCCGGCUCCUCCAGCAGCGCUCCCACUUCGGCCCCCACGCCGCCCGCCAGCCUCCUCACGGGGUUCGGGGACCUGGCCGGCCUGGGGGGCCUGGGCAUGGGCUCGGCCAACUUCAUGGAGCUGCAGCAGCAGAUGCAGCGGCAGCUGAUGUCCAACCCGGAGAUGCUGUCCCAGAUCAUGGAGAACCCGCUGGUGCAGAACAUGAUGUCCAACCCGGACCUGAUGCGCCAGAUGAUCAUGGCCAACCCCCAGAUGCAGCAGCUGAUGGAGCGCAACCCGGAGAUCAGCCACAUGCUCAACAACCCUGAGCUCAUGAGGCAGACGAUGGAACUGGCGCGGAACCCGGCGAUGAUGCAGGAGAUGAUGAGGAACCAGGACCGGGCGCUCAGCAACCUGGAGAGCAUCCCAGGCGGGUACAACGCCCUGCGCAGGAUGUACACGGACAUCCAGGAGCCCAUGUUCAGCGCUGCCCGGGAGCAGUUCGGAAAUAACCCUUUCUCCGCGCUCAGCGGGAGCUCGGACAGCUCGGGGGUGCAGCCUUCCAGGACGGAGAACCGGGAGCCUCUGCCGAACCCCUGGGGCCCCCCCAGCACCGCGGCCCCCACCUCGACCACCGAGACCGGGGGCGGCAGCAGCAGCAGCAGCAGCUCCGCCGCUUCAACCCAGGGGGGCAGCACCCCCAGUAUAUCCAACCCCCUGGGCAUCAGUGCCGCCAACCUGGGCAACGGCAUGUUCAACAGUCCCGGCAUGCAGAGCCUCUUGCAGCAGAUCUCGGAAAACCCCCAGCUCAUGCAGAACAUGCUGUCCGCGCCCUACAUGCGCAGUAUGAUGCAGUCCUUGGCACAGAACCCUGACAUUGCAGCGCAGGUUAUGAUGAACAACCCUCUCUUCGCUGGCAAUCCUCAGCUGCAGGAGCAGUUAAGACACCAGCUGCCCGUGUUUCUGCAGCAGAUGCAGAAUCCCGAGGCGCUGUCGGUGAUGACGAACCCUCGGGCCAUGCAGGCGCUGCUCCAGAUCCAGCAGGGGCUGCAGACGCUGCAGACGGAGGCUCCAGGCCUCAUGCCCAGCCUGACGCCUGGGGGAUUCCCAGUUUCCCCACUCUCCGCUGGGGGGACAGGGCCCCCGGAGAACCCCGCCCCCUCGGGGGGCGGGCCCAGCCAAGGCCCCACCCCCGUGACCGGGCCCACAGGAAGCAGCUCCGCCCAGCAGCAGCUCAUGCAGCAGAUGUUGCAGAUGUUCGCAGGAGGAAGUGCACAGAGCCAGACCCCGGAGGUGCGGUUUCAGCAGCAGCUGGAGCAGCUCAGCGCCAUGGGCUUCAUCAACCGGGAGGCCAACCUGCAGGCCCUGAUCGCCACCGGGGGAGACAUCAACGCCGCCAUCGAGAGACUGCUGGGCUCCCAGCCCUCCUAAACGCAGGAUCCUGCGCUCGAGGGAGGAGGGGAGGGGAGGGGUGGAGAGAGGGGAACCUCUAGGAACACAACACAUUUAACACAACUCAACACGGCACGCCUGUGCCCAUCUGCAUUCAGGGGGUUGGGGGAGGGGAGAGAUGUUUCCACUUGCACUCCUGUUGUUUCUCGCAACGUUGAACGGAGGUCUUUCUGCUGGGGAGACACAUGAUCCAGCUAGCCUGCCUACGAGACUAAUUCCACUUUCUCACUGGGUUUGACUGGGGGGUGGGGGAUGGGGGUGGGUAAUGUGUGUGUGUGUGUGCGCCCCCCUCACACGGAUGCAUACUGUGGCUGUGGUGGGGGUGGGGGGUGUCUGUACAUCAUUAGACCCAUCCCGUGUUCUCCACUCAAUACAGAGGGGCAUCCUGGGAGGAAAGAAAUAACAGGAAAGGAGUCCCAUACAUUCAGGUUUAUAGCCGGUUGACCCCCUGAGAUCAUGAACGGUUCUUCCUCAUCUGGAAAACCCAAGUCCGGGCAGCAGUGGCAGGAGGACAAAGCUCUUGCGAUUGUCAGUUUCUUAAACGCUUUCCGGAAUAUAUGGUGUUGGAUCAUCAAAAUGAAUCGGGGGGGUUUCGGGGGUUCUUCUGAAAGCUGGAAGAGUUUUAAGGUUUUCCAUUGAUUAUUUCAUGCCUGCUUCAUGUGACUAUUUAUUGUAAUUUGCUAUAGAAUUUCCCUCAGCCUCCUCUUCCUAGCACUUUAUUACUAAUCGGUUAGAAUCUGCAAACGUCCCGCCGCAUUCCAGUCUAGAGUUCAGGAUCACUGAGGGUGUUCCACUUUCCUCUGGUUAUAUUUGCAUUUUACGAUUUGUAGAGCCUGUGUACGUGGCUGUAACAUGCAGAUUUUCGGUUUCUCUUUGAACCCUCCCCUGCUUUACUGGUGGAAAUCUGGUAGAAGCUUGGCUCAGCAUUUUCUUUUUCACAUCAGUGCUCCAGUACAUCUGUCCCGUGGACACGCAGAACUUUAAUUUUUAAUAUACUAAAAUAAAAGAGACUGGUCGCUACGCUCUCAAUCUGAUAGUGUUCAAGUUCUUACUCGAAAAGGUCUCCCGACUUUUGGACAGUUUCUGUUUUAACAUUAGCGUUUGCUGAAUCUUUUCUCUUCCUUCACAGUUCCACUUUCAAGUCUCGAGCCCCACUUGUGUGCCGGAUGGUUGGAAAGACUUUGACUAUAAUGUUUUUCCUUCAUCAGAGGGAACCAGGUGUAGAUUACAGUGGCUGAUUAACCAGCACCUAGAAGGCAGAGAGCCUUUUACAGCUGAUGAAGAUGAAGUGCUUGGUCAGGCUGAAUUCUUGACUUGGUGCUGACCGUGUCCAGUGCUGACUUACGAGAGGUCAUCUAAUUCCUGGCCAUCACAUUUCCCUUUUGCCUUGUGGUCUCUGCUAUAGCUGAGUUCCCAUCUGAUGCACAGACACAUGAUUGAACUGGGCAGCUUGUUUAAUGAAAUGUUUAGAAAAUUCCAGGUCAUUUACAGUACAUGAAAAGGAUGAGUAGAGAAUUUGAAACCCGGCUUCUUCAGAAGUUGGGAAGCAAUCUGAAAGAUGUAACUAAUAAUGAUAAAGUGAAAACCAGCAGACGUUGAUCAGUGGAAGACAUUCUUUAAUGUUUUCUCAUCUGAUGCGUCCAGGUCUUUCCAUGUGUACAUCCUGUAAGAUGAAGCCAACGUAAUUAUUCCUUAGGGUUAGUACUCUUUCAUGGAUUAAUCAGUAACACUGUCCUUUUUCCUGCUGCAUGGAUCGGUUAUAUAAGAUUUAAUUAAAAAUCGCACCAAAAUCACGUUUUUCAGCUGAAUAGUAACUUGGUUUUUCAUGCUUCUUCAGAGAGACUCUUUAAAUUAAGUGCAUUAACCGUAAUUUUCUUUCAAAUCUGACUUUCUGGAAGUUUUUGGUUGUGAAUUCAUCCACAUCCAUCUUAGCUGGCACAUUAGAUUUAAAGAUGGACCUGGGGGGAGGGCGGGGGGACAGGGGAGUGACUCGAGGUCAAAGAUGGGUGGCAGGUUCUAUCUCAACCUCAGAAAUCCUUCUGGCAAAAUGAUUUUUCAAGCGAUGGAGGCUUCUGUUUUCAGAUGUGUGCAGUUUGAAAGAAA